AUUUUAACAACUGUUGCUGAAGCAGAGAAAUCUUCAACGCAAUAAAAAAAAAUUCUGGUUGUUACUUGAUAGUUUGCUAUACCUCUUUCCCAACAGGAAGGAAAAAAAAAUCAGACGAAAACUCAAAAAAAAAAAAAAAGGCAAAAAUAUGGCAUUGAGAGGAGUGGCCGCAGUUUCUGCUUAUUGUUGCAAGAGAACACAAUCAUACCCAUAUCUCCUUUCAUUUCCUCAUUCUUUCACACCCAAUUCCCAUCAAAGAAUCUCACCAUUUAUUCCCGUAAUACAUAAUUUACCUGAACCCAAGUUUGGAAUUCGUGCAGUGAGUGAUCAGGCCGUUGUAAUUCCGAAGAAAGAAGAUGAAUCAUCAUCAUCACCAUCACCACCACCGGAGAAUUGGAAGAUCAAAAUGCUCUAUGAUGGAGAUUGCCCACUUUGCAUGCACGAGGUAAACAUGCUUAGAGAGAGGAAUAAACAAUAUGGAACCAUCAAGUUUGUGGACAUUAGCUCAGAGGAUUACUCCCCCAAGGAGAAUCAAGGGCUAGACUUUGAAACUGUUAUGGGAAGAAUUCAUGCAAUUCUUGAUGAUGGAACUGUAGUCACUGACGUUGAAGCAUUUAGAAAGCUAUAUGAACAAGUUGGGCUUGGAUGGGUUUAUGCCAUAACCAAAUAUGAACCUAUUGCGAAAAUAGCUGAUGCUGUAUACAGUGUUUGGGCUAAAUACCGUCUUCCAAUCACAGGCCGACCGCCUCUAGAAGAGAUAAUGGAAACACGACGAAAGAACAAGAGUGAAGUAUGUAAGGACAGCAACUCUUGCAACAUGUGAGCUCAUAUGAUAUGAUACCAUACAAAGGCAUGGAACUUU